AUGUCGCUAAUCAACAGAUUCAUGAUCGUUGUUAAACGAGGUGCUGGAUAUAAUAAUUUACAACAGAUAUCUAGAUAUUCGACGAGUACCAACGACAAGCAAGACGACCCGAAUAAUUUGAUAACGAAGUCAGUAUUCAUAUCGCAAUCCACGGAUGUGUUCACCAAUUUAGCGUUAGAAGAUUGGUUCUACAGAUAUCAUAACUUCACGAAUCAUCAUGUGUUGCUAUUAUGGCGCAACGAUCCUUGCAUCGUAAUUGGACGUCAUCAGAAUCCAUGGAUCGAGCACAAUUGUCAGAUAGCCGAGAAACGUGGUAUAGUAGUGGCCCGACGGAACAGCGGGGGUGGUACUGUCUACCAUGACACCGGUAACCUAAACCUGUCGUUUUUUACACCACGAGAACGAUACAAUCGAAAAUACAAUCUGGGCAUCAUUACUAGAGCUCUGUAUCGUGAAUGGGGUGUUAAGGCUGACAUUAACAAACGCGAGGACAUCGUUGUCGAAGGGGAAUACAAAGUAUCCUUUAAUAUAUCUGGUACUGCAGCAAAAUUAGGACGGCCGAACGCAUACCAUCACUGCACACUGUUGGUUGAUGUAAACAAAACGGCUUUAAGCUUAGCGCUCGAGAGAAAAGAGAAUGGUAUAGAAACAAAUGCCACAGCGUCUACCCGUUCCCCAAUAAAAAAUUUAAUAGACGUAAAUUCCCAUAUACGAAUGGACAAGCUGAUUAACGCGGUAGGCUGGGAAUUUCUUCGUACAAAGGCACUUGUUCUAGAGGACGGUGGACAGAAUCUCAUACAACGCCAGAAAGGCUUUCAAUAUAUUAAUCCUACCGAAGAUUGGUUUCCAGGUCUCAAUGAAUUAGUGAAUGAGCACAGGUCCUGGGAAUGGAAUUAUGGCAAAACGCCUGAAUUUUCGGUAACACGUGUUCUCGAUGUACCUCUUCGAGACAAUAAGGUUCACCGAUUUACUUUGACGUUGGAUAUACAAGCUGGUAUCAUCGAAGAAAUCAAAAUGAGACUACCAGCCGACCUGGUAUCAAAUGAUUUUAGUCAAGAGGCGAGCGUGAUAACUAAUCUACGCGGCACUAGAUACGAUCACGAAGUAAUGGAAAAUAUAAUAUCCGCGAUUGGUUGCAAGACUGUUACAUUAAGUACGAGCCAAAAUGAAGAUAAAAGUAAUAUGAUUGCUAAGCAAUGAUUAAACCCGCCAAACAAUCACAAUGAUUGAGCUGAAAAAUUGUUGUGUUCAAUGUAAAAGAAAAAGUCAAGUCAUCGUAUAACUGGCUAUGCAAAUAGUUGUGUUAUGUACAGCUUCUUUUUUUAAAAUAUAAAGACUUAUUCUUGUUAUUACUGUAUAUGCAUGUAGUAUAUAUAUAAAAUAUGUAAUUUGUAACAUAGAUACAAAAAAGCAAAACAAAAUGUAUCUUAGGCCACGUUGUAUAACGUAUUUUUGUAUUUUUACACUGUUAACGUAUGUGUAUGAUUUUAAUAAGCUGUUGUUAUUAAUAAAUUUUACUAAUGUA